UGAUGAAGAGUGAAUAAUAAUAAAAGGUAGCCACUAAAACAAUCAAGAAAAUCAAAGUAAAUAAAAAGGCACCAGUUAGGUAAUUUUAUAUUAUAAAAUGAAGAUUGUGGGUAAAGGCUGUAUUUACAGGUUUCAGAAGGUCCAAAGUUUAAUAAAAUGAAAAUUAAGCUUUAUUAAAGAUUUAACAUGUUGAUGAUGUUUCAUCAAGCAGAUUCUAUUGGGGCAAAAGAGUUGCCUAUAUAUAUAAGGCUCACUCUCUUAAAAACAAUACCAAAUUUAGAGUAAGGAUUAUGAGUUAAUAUUAAGACAAUUUGGGGUAGAAUCAGCAGAUCACAUGGAUCAAAUGGAAUUGUCAUUGCUAGAUUCAAUAGAAAUCUUCCACCUAGAGCAAUAGGAUCAACCUUGAGAGUAUUCCUCUAUCCAAAUAGAGCUUGAGUU